AUGAACAUUUCGGAUCAAGGUUCAUCGCCAGAAGCUAAAGUACAAGACCAACUAAAUCUGACAGCAUUGCAAACUUCCAGCAUCUUUCACUCGAUUUUUGAACCUGAAUCGCUGGAAAAUUUUGACUUUGAGAAAGUACCAAAGAAAGAUCAGCAUUCUGUAACUCUGAUUUUGGGCAAUGACGAAGGCCUCGUCCGCCAGUCUUCAGGUUUCACCUCCAGGUCGUUUAACACUAGUUUUGCCAGCACGACUCCAAUUUUACAAUCCCAGAAGCCCCAACAAGCAUUACAAACUGCAACAGAAGAAUAUAUAUUAUUGAAUGAUGGCAAAGCGGUUGACACAGAAAAUAAAAACACAUCACCCCUACACGAUGGAGUUGAGAUAAUACAACAAGGAGAUGUUAAAGGGCGAAAACUACUAACAAAAGCUGAUAAAUGCAUCCUAAGAGAUCCGCCACAGUUUAAUUAUCAAAUUUUCCCUGGGAAUACGAGGUUCCCUCUGAAAGGAAGACUUGUGACUAGUAAAGACUAUCGAGCCUUCAUAGUAGCAUUAUUUAUGUUGAUAGCACCCAUUGUGUUGUAUUUUAUAUUUAUCUGUCCCUUUUUUUGGCACCAAUCGCUGGAGGUUAUUCCCAUACUUAUUGGCUAUGCUUUCGUACUAGCGUUCAGUUCGAUGUUGAAAACCUCAUUGACAGAUCCUGGGAUUUUACCACGUAACUUGGAUAUUUAUGCAGAGGAAAUCAUGAGUGAGGACGCAUCGAUUAUUUUGGAGCCGCCGGCAAAGGAAAUUCAAGUCAAGAAUACAUCAUAUUUUUUAAAAUAUUGCGAGACUUGCAAGAUUUAUAGACCUCCUAGAGCAAGCCAUUGUAAGCAAUGUAACAAUUGUGUUGAGGUCGAAGAUCAUCAUUGCAUCUGGCUGAAUAAUUGUGUAGGCAGAAGGAAUUACCGUCCUUUUUUCACAUUCAUCUCUUCAACUGCCUUACUUUGUGUCCUGGUUUUGGUUUCUGCUACCUAUCAAUUGAUUUUGAUAAUUGGAGGGUUGACUGUUUAUCAUUGUACAUUAAUUCUGCGAGGAGUUAGCACUCAUGAACAAAUUCGAGCUGAUGUCACUAAAGCAAAAUACCCGGAAUUGAGGGUAAAUCCAUACAGUUCUAAUAAAUUCUCCAGAAAUAUAUUCCAGGUUUUGUGUCAGCCUCAACCUAAAAGUUAUUUACGGAGACGCAAACUUGCAGACCCUGUAGUGGAAGUAUCGUCCUGA